AUGGCGGCCGAGCUUUGGCUGUAUCUCGAUGCCGUCACGGGCGAGCAAAAAGGCCCUGUGCCAUCUCCGAUCAUCAAAAAAUUGCUUCGUAAAGGUCUUAUUCAGCCCCAACAACUUGUUUGGACUCAGCGUCUUUCCGAGUGGAAGGCAAUUGUUAGCGUGGAACCGUUUGCAGCGUAUAACCGCGCGUGGAGGACAAUGUGGUAUUAUAUGGCUGAAAACUUGACCGAUACCAGCAAAGAGGUAAUGCGGGCAGGCCCUGUAUUGACUCAGCAGCUUGUUGAACUUUUUACCAACGGGGAUGUGGAUGGAAUGACGCUCGUGUGGAGCCAGGAGGUGGAUGAUUGGAAACCCAUUGGUGACGUGCCGCUUCUAAAAGAAUUUUUGCAAGAAGCCAAUGACGAGAUAGAUCGACAAUCAGAGCUGAAGGAACAGAUUGCAGAUGUUCCCAUUGAAGACCAAGUCUUUGAAAACGAAUCGGCGGAUGCUUUUAUUGCAGAGGAUGGCAAACGAUAUGUGUUCGACGCUGAGUCUAAGAUGUACGUGACUCCAGAAAUAAAAAUCGAAGACGAAUUAGCAUCUCUGCGCGAAGCAGUUGCUGACACGAUUGCGGAGACACAAACGGAUACGACAAACGCAGCUACUACAAUCGGGGAAUCGACUGAUCAUGCUGAAAUGAAUGCAAGCGUCAAAAGAAAAAGAAAGAAAAAAAAGAAUCCGGAUAAGUGGAAAAAGAGCAAGACAAACACUUGGGUAUAUGUGAAUGGUUUGCCACUAGAUGUCACACUUCAGGAAGUCCACGACCAUUUUGCCAAGUGCGGUGUGAUUCAAACGGAUAUUGUAUCCGGCGAGCCCCGAAUAAAGCUCUACGAAAACAAAGAGAGUGGGGGCUUAAAUGGCGAUGGAUCAAUUUGUUAUAUGAAGGAGGCAUCAGUUGAGUUGGCUGUGCAAUUACUUGACAAAUCUCAAAUCCGGCCAGAGUGGCCAAUUGAUGUGUCACCUGCUGUCUUUCAGCAAAAAGAAGGCGAGUUUGUGAAGCGAAAGAAAGUUAAGAUUGAUACACGCGCAAAAAUUAGAAUGUUUGAAAAAGAAAAGGCGCUUUCGUGGAAUGAAGGAGAAAUUAAUGAACCGACUGGGUUUCGUAUUGUGGUCAUUAAGCACAUGUUUACUCCUUCUGAAAUUGAAGAUGAAUCCUACGAGAAGGAAUUGCGAGAUGAUAUUUAUGACGAAUGCUCGAAACUUGGUGAGGUGUCCAAGAUUACACUUUUUGCGAAACGUGAGGAUGGUGUUGUGGUGAUUAAAUUCACUUCGAGCGGUAGUGCUGCGCAAUGCGUUGAUUUAAUGAAUGGUCGGUUCUUCGCUGGACGCAAACUAGAAUGUAGUUUUUGGGACGGCACAGAUUACACUCAUCAUGAAAGCAAACAUGAGGAGCAGCAGCGUGCUGAAAAGUUCCAAGAGUGGCUAGAGGAUGCUUCAUCGUCUGAGAGUGAAGAUGAAAAUGAGGAAACAAAAACAGAAGAGGAAGGAAAUGUUGUUAAGUCAAGCGAAGUGCACGUAGGGCGUAAGCUGCCUUCUAUUACUGAUGACAACGACUAG